AGGGUGUGUUUCAGAUACCGACCGUCCAAUCGACCAAUCACCGAAUCGAGCACUCGCUCUGUCGACCACUCAAGCAAUCAAUUCAUAAACCAAUAAUCCGAUCAAUCAAUUAAUUACAGUAAACAGUAAUUAACCGUCGCUGCAUCCCAGCCGCCCCCCCGGCCGAGGGCCGACCGAGUAUCGAAUGACAAGUUGAUACUGUAUUAUAAUCUCCGAGCGGAGAAUGGUCGUUGAAUGGUCGUUGGCGCGCCGCAGCGUAGAGACUGGUAGAGAAUUCAGUCGGGAGUCGGGAUAUUUGGCUGUCGGGAUUCUUGGCGCCAUCAAAAGCCGCGGAGAACUGUGGAGAUCCUCAAUCCGCCCGGCUGUGGGCUUUCGCUCGAGCGCUCAUUGCUUCGAUUACACUCGUCUUCGACCGAGCGGGAAGCUUAGGGAGUAAUAACGGCGCGCAUGGGGCAUCAUACUAGACAAGUGCAGACGUCUAUACACGUACCGAAAGCGCGAGGCUCUUUGUCGUUUUGUGCGCAUUGAUGGGUUCCGCCAAUGAGCAUGGUCGUCGUCGGUUGAGACAGUGACACGUGGCGUAUCCUAGUGCGUAUGCGGCGCGCACUGCUUCGCGCCACGCGGAAGUUUGCUGCCGUGUAUAUCAUCAUAUUGUCAUCCUGUCCAACCACGUAUCAUCAUCAUCUUAUCCAUCCAUCCAUCCAUCCAUCCAUGCAUCGGCUGACGUGGCGUAUCGUUCUGACUUGCCGCGGCGGGGUCUGUUGAUUGGGCAGGGUGUGUUGAUUGGAAUGGAAUACGUGGUACUACCUCCUACUACAGGUUACCUGCCCAUCGGCCGGCGUGGCACAUAGUGCUGAGGUGGCGCGACGGUUUGUCGUAUGUCUGUAAACUGGGCUGACCGGUGGCUGAGAGGUUGAGGGCUCAAAAUCUUUUGUGCGCUCGUCCGCUUCAAUUGACAAUCUUGUACCCAUCAGUGUAUCGAGAGGUGGUGUGAGGUCUGGUCGCAUUUUUUGGCACUACGUGAGGGUAGUGUCGCUGAUUGUUUCCGUGAACAUACUGCGGCAGGAUGAUUGGAGCGCUGACAGAAGUCGAGGUUUUUCGGGGGGAGGAGGAGGUGAGCGCCGUCCACGUGGCCUGUGGAUAGCAGUUCAGGUGGCAGCGAGGUGUGUGUGUGUGUGUGUGUGUGUGUGUGUGUGUGUGUGUGUGUGAGAGAGAGAGAGAGAGAGAGAGAGAGAGAGAGNGAGAGAGAGAGAGAGAGAGAGAGAGAGAGAGAGAGAGAGAGAGAGAGAGGUGGGCCGGACUGAUCAGUCAGGCGCGUGGCUUGGCGGGGGCGGCAGGGUCGAGUAGUGAGGCGCGGGAGUGGUUUUCGGCGGACCAGCGUCGACCAGCUGCUCAGGUUGGGCGGAGGGCUAGCUAACUAUCAGGUGCGAGCGGGGUGAAGCGGGGCGGUGCAAGGCAGUUCGCGCGCGCUGUUCGGAGGCAGGGAAGCGGGAAUGGCCGCGGGGAUGAUCGCGCCGCCCGCGGCGACGGGGGGUGCGGCGCUGAACUUCAACGUGUCUCUGUCGUCGAGCAUUCUAGGCCGCACGUCGUCCUGCUCCUCGGCGCGCAGCGCGGCUGGAGGCGCGGGAAACGGCUAUCGCGGCGCAUCUCUGGCAGCUGUCGCGGCGGAGCCGCGCGCGUGCUCUCCGCCUUUCCCGGGCGUUCCCCCGCGUCUUCUUUCCGUUGGCGGGGAAAGCAUAUGGUCCGCUGCCGUGCGCAGCGUUCCUUCCUCCCCAUGGUGCGGGCGCCGCGGGGUCGGGGGCGCCGGUUGCGCCCUGCAUCGCUACGUGGUGGCGGAUGCGCUCGACGCGCGAGCCGGUGCCUGGUUACCAGCUGGAGUGACGCUGGGCGGCGAUGAAGGCGAAGAGGCGGCGGCGGCCGAGGAGGCGUGGGGGAGCUGGGUAGGUGCAUGGGAGUGGGUAGCGCAGCGAGAGAAGAGGGACGUGGGAAGGGGGCUAAAUGUGUGCGCCCGCGCGUCCGGGGGGGUUGUUUCGCCGACGGAAUCGGAAUCGGGGGGGGGCGCGUUUGCCGCCAUCGCCGGUGCUGUCGGCCGCUCGCCGACUGCGUGCGAGAGAGAGAGCAAUGAGAAGAGAGGGGGGUUGGCGGAGCGGGGGGAGGUGGAGGAUGUUAGCCACGUCCUGCGCGCGCAGGACGAGCGGGCAAUGCCGCGGAGGGGGGGUAGAGCAGGGGGGGAGAGGAGAGGGUGGGGGCCUCGCGAAGACGCCAGCGGGAGAAAAGAGAGACGGGGGGGGCCAGAAGAAGGGGCACCACCUGGGGUCUGGUUGCCCCGUAGAGAAGGGGGGGGCGGUGUUGUUCGGGACGCAGGACAUGAUAGACGGGCCUGGCAGCCACGUGGCGACCGGGGACAUCGUGAACGUGAUGGCCCCGGCGGAAGAGAUGGGGGCUUCGAUGCCAGCCGCGAUCGACACGUCGGCGGAGGCGGAGACGCCCCCCUCGUCGAUCGACGGGAACUGAUCAUGAAGGCCCUUAAGGAUUUGCGCGACGGUGAUGACGUGGCAGAACGUCUCGCGCCUUUCGUCAGAGUACCUCUCAAGCUCUGGACCGGGAUCCUCAGGAGGAUAUCUGCAGAAAUGGGUUGGCGACGAGCUCUCCAGGUGUUCGAGUGGCUUCAGGUUAGUGGAGGUCCUCCGCCGGACACACGGUUAUGGACAGCGAUGAUGACGGUAUUGAGCAGAGCAGGGCAGAUUGAGGAAGCAGCACGGUUGUUUGAGAACAUGCAACGGUCGGGGGUGUACGUUGAUUUGUUCGUGUACAGUGCCAUAAUCAAUGGUUACGCAAAGCUUGGGCGUGGGGAGGAGGCCUUGGAGCUGCUACAGCAGAUGAAGGAGGCAAGGCUGCAGCCUGACCUGAUCAUUUACAGCGCAGUGCUGAAUGCCUGCGCAAAGGGCGGGUUAGAGAUAGAGAGGAUUCUGGAUGUAUAUGCGGGAAUGAGGAGGGAGGGAAUAGAACCAGACAUGAUUUUGUACAGUACGAUAGUUAGUGCGUGCCGAAAUCAAGGCAGGUGUGACGACGCCCGCGAGGUGUUCGAGCAGAUUGAGAGGGCGGGUUUGCGGCCAGACCUCAAGGCUUACAAUGCGCUCAUUGAUGCCUAUGGACGGGAAGGGCGUUGGGCGGAGGCUGAAGUGAUUGCCAAGAGGAUGGAAGCAGCAGGUCAUCUGCCCAAUGUGUGGACGUACAGUGCGCUGAUCAAUGCAUACGGACGCGAUGGGCAGUAUGCCAAGGCUAUUGACGUGCUCGACGCCAUGGACGCUAUGAGGUGCAAACCAGACUCCAUGGUCUACACCACGCUUCUCGAUGUUCUCGCCAAAGGUGGGAGGUACCGAGAUGCCUUAUCUGUGUUUGAGGAGAUGAGGGAAGCUGGCAUGGAGCCGGACGUUGCGACCUACAACCUGUUGAUGAAUGCGUAUGCGCGUGGGGGCGAUGAGGAGGAGGCGUUGAAGCUCUUCAAGAAGAUGCGUGCGGCCGGGUUUCAGCCGAAUGAGGUAUCGUAUAGGAACCUGAUUACGGCGAGAGGUAAAGCCGGUGAGUGGGAAGAGUUGGAGCGCACGGCUGAGGAGGCGCUGGACAACGGUUUCGCAUCGAAUCGAGGGUUGUUCCAUGCGAUCAUGGAGGCGUACGCCCGCGCAGGGAGGGUGGAGGAUGUUGAGCGCUGGGUCAACCAGAUGCCGCAGUGGGGGUGUGAGCCCAACGGGGCCACAUACACAGCCAUGCUCGAGGUGUACAGUCAAGUUGGCAAUUGGGAGAAGUGCGAGGACAUGGUGGCCGUGAUGGCGGAGGCGGGAAUGGAGCUCACGACGGGCACUUUCACCGCGUUGGCCGAGGCGUAUGCCGUGCAGGGAAAGUUUGCCGAUGCAGUUGGGGUGUUCCAUCGGGCGAAGGCCGCAGGCUGCGAGCCUAAUGUCGCCCUGUACAAUAGGCUGAUUCGCGCUUAUGCGCUGCAAGGGUUUCAUAUCGAAGCAAGGGGGGUUAUGGAGCACAUGAAACAAGUGGGGUUUUGGCCGAAUGUCGAAAGCUAUCGCUGGAUGAUGGAAGCGCAUUUGAAGGCAAAGCGGUAUGCUGACGUGGAUGCAGUUUUCAACGAGAUGAAGGACGUGGGUUGUAGACCUGACGAGACCACUCGACAGAUACUGCAAAGUGCUCAUCGGAACCUGGCGCUUGUCAUAGCAAGAGAAAGGGGGGAUGCUGGAGACGGCAGGUAUCAGCAAACGACAGGUCUUAGAGAUGGGGAUGGAAGACCCUCGAUCCAGAAGGACAGAGAUAGAGAGAGAGACGACACACGGUCCCGAGGAGGAAGGAAGGUUGACGGCUGGUAUGGGGCCGCAAAGCACAGAGAAUCUGGAGAGCGAAGGUACAGUGUACCCCGGAUGACUGAACAUCAUACAAUUCACUCUGGGAGAAGGUGAUGUGAUGCGUUCGAAAUUUGAAAUUUGCGACGCGUGUUCUUGUGUUUUUUUUUUUUUCUCGGAAAAAGAAAAAACACAGUGUGAGGAUGCCGCGCGUUGUCACAGUGUGAGGAAAAUCUACUUUGGAAGAGUUGUAGCAAAAUAGGGAAGAAAAGUAGAGAGCUUUGGACGACACCGACUGACAUCGUCCCUGGUUUGCAGCAGCGGUAGCGGGCACGGGCAGGAAGCCUGCCGCUGCAGGGAACGCUCAUCUUUCUCCUGGAGUGGGAGAGGCAGGCAAUGUAUUGUCUUGCCGGGACUUGCCGGGUCUCGCGACUCUCGUCCCAUAAUUGUUGGUGUCAACGUCCCUGAUUUUGCAGAGCAUGUGCGAUUAGUAUUUUUCCGGAGGGGGAAAAGAAAGGACUCUGUGAAAAAAAAAAUUGUGAACAGUCUGACGUGAAAGCGAGGAUGCGGUAGGUCAGGCAGGACGCUACCGCAGGAAUGUGUUUCUUGAAGACCGCGCUCUGCUGUGCUAUCAGUCAGUCAGUCCCAGCCUGUCUCAAAAUUUUUUUGCGUCCACUGGCAGGCAGCGUCACCGACAUCGCACGCAUCCUCUGCUGUUGUGCUGGGGGAGACAUUGCAUUGGGACGCAUCCUCUGCUCGGCGUCCGUCACUUCUUCGGUUACUCUCCACUGUCCUGAUGGUCACAGUUUGUACCGUCCGUUCACAAGCUGCACAGUGCUCGCCUUCUAAUCUCCCGCUCAGCUGCUCAUAGUGUUCGAAACAGUUUUGGAAGCCGCAUCGCUGCUCUGUGCUUUUCUGAUUGGUUACAAUCAAGAACGCUUAUCCUU